GUCACUUGAGUUCCAAACAGCGUGCGAAGCGGAUCGCUCGGCGGUGACGGUCGUGCGCGGAAAUCUCGGAAUCACUAUAUUUUACUAGUAGAUAUCAAUCUAGAGUAAUGUCAAAGGAUCCGCCCAGGUUGAGCAGGCUCGGGGUGCUGGCGCCGGCAGCACUGGCCGCGUGCAUGGACGCCUCGGUGCUGGCCGUGCCGGCGGCCGGGGCCAUCGUCUCCACGGUCCUCAAGGAACUUAGCAAAGCUUUCAUGCUGAAAAAGUGGUUUCACGGAGUGAUGUCGGCAAAGGAGGCAGAGCAGUUAAUAAUGGAAAAAGGCAAGAAUGGGUCGUACCUGGUGCGCGAGUCGCAGGCGCACCCCGGCGAAUUCGUGCUGUCGGUUCGCGCGCGCGGCCGCGUCUCACACGUCAUGAUCCGUCGCCAGCACAAGAAGUACGACGUUGGCAGCGGCGAGCAGUUCUCGGAGCUGGCGGGACUGAUCGAACACCUGCGUGCUUACCCCAUGGUGACGGGCGCCGGCGAGGAGCUGCGCCUGCUGCAGCCCGUCUCCGGCACCCGCCUGCGCGCGCACCGCAUCCAGAGGAAGGUCUCCCAGAUGCAGGAUAUUGAAGAUUCGCAAAAACUCGAUAAGAAAAAUGGAUUUGAAGGGGAAUUCCAGUCGAUAAAGAUGUUGGAAGACAGACACGUGUUUACAACGAUCGAGGGAAAUAAACCAGAGAAUAUUACGAAAAAUAGAUACAAGAACAUACUUCCGUAUGAUCAAACCCGGGUAGCGCUGCGGCCGAGCGGCGUUGGCGAGCGCUCGAGCUACAUCAACGCGAGUUAUGUGCGCGCCGGCGCGGGCCUGCAAGCCUCCCUGCACUCCUCUACCGAAAGCCUGGACAGCUUGCAAUCUAUAAUUGCUGCCGAGGAUCUCUCUAAGACUACACUUGUUUCUAAAUCUCUGUCGGACGACGCGCUUAUGGUGGUCCGGCGCAAUAUGAACAUGGACAAGAUAAAUGGGAAUUUAUGUCAAGAUGCAGUUAAAGACAAGUUAUAUAUCGUCACACAAGGCUGCCUGCCAACUACUAAGGACGAUUUCUGGCGAAUGGUGUGGCAAGAAGAUGUUAGAGUUAUAGCUAUGAUUACAAAUGAAAUUGAACGAGGCAAGAAAAAAUGUGAACGUUAUUGGCCUCUAUCGGGUCUUCAGGAAUAUUACGGGGAUCUACUUGUAAAGUCGAUCUCGGAAACGUGCUACGAAAACUACAUCCUAAGAGAGUUCGACGUGUCCGACGAUAAAGCUCUGUGCAAAAUAAUUUACCAGUAUCAGUUUACGUCGUGGCCCGACCACGGGACCCCGGAGGAGCCGGACUGCGUGCUAGCGUUCGUGGCAGAGGUCAACCGGCAGAUGGCGCAGGUCAUGAAUGAGCCGAAUCCGCCAGAACAGAAUGUCCUCUGCGUUCACUGCUCAGCGGGAGUAGGGCGGUCCGGCACCAUGGUGGUUCUUGACAUACUUAUUGACAAAAUCAACUCUUCUGGAUUGAAUUGCACGAUCGACGUGUACAACACGGUGAGGCUGGUGCGCGCGCAGCGGGCCGGCAUGGUGCAGAACAGCCUGCAGUACCGCUUCAUAUACCUCGCGCUGCAGGCCUACAUGGACACCAACAAAAUUAACUUGAAAAGAAAGGUCUACACCGCAGAAGCUUGAGUAACUUAGGAUCUACUCUACAAGACUACUCUACAAACCAAAGUUAAUAUAAAAUAAUAUACCUAUGUUAGUACUGAUACAAAGGCAACUUAGGUACUGAAAUAUCUAUCUACUUAGGUGUAAGUAAUAAAGUGAACAUCGAUUAAAU